AAAAAUAAGGAAGCCGAGAGAUAGUUUUCUGUACUAACAGAUAGUGAUGCGGUACUCUAAACUGUAUAAAUAGCAUUGAUAUUCUGUUAUGUUUCUACGGAUUAUAUUAUACACAAAGUGUUCAAGAGAAAAAUCGAAAUCACCUUGCAAAUUAACAUCAAGUUUGAGUCAUCAUCCACUUCAAGUCCAGUGCAUAUAAGUUUUCUUGGGGUGAGAAACUCCAAAUUUCCAUACUUUCUACAGACUUGGCUAGCAAGCACAGUGAGAACCUCUCAAAAGAAAAGAGCUCAUUUGGCAGUCGAUACUCUAAGCCUUGGAGAAAUAGAUCCUGGUAGCCUUCAAGAAGUGGAUCCCCUCAGUCUAGGAGUCACCAAUCCUCCUACGGACGGAGUUGAAGAAGUCCCCAACGGACCGGACACAAUCCCUCUCUGCGACAGGAACCGUCCUCUCUUCUGUACAUCGAAUCGUGGCAGCCUCAAAUUGAUGCAUAAGGGAUUCGGUUACAAUUUGCUCAGAACAAGGGGCAACGUGUCAGUGUGGAUAUGUGACAAGCGCACCAAAUAUGGUUGUUCAGCUGUGCUAGAAUCCUCAAGUGAUAUCAUCAUAAAGGAACCUGUGCAUAAGCAUGUUCCCGACUGGCAAAAGUUCCAGUGGGAGUACGAUUUUGCACACAAAAAUAAGAACACUUGAGUUACACUCGAAUCAAUAAAUCUCGUUGCACGUGCAGUAUGUCUAUUAAAUUUAACAGUGAUUAAUAAUAACUAUUUGCUGUCGGAAUAAUGUUUGUUUUUCACUCCAUCCAUUACAUAAUUUUUAAUAUGUUACUGCCAGUAAAUGCAGUAAAAUACGGCUUCUCAGUUUUUUUUCAAUUCAAAUGAUUUUGGCAAACGGUUUUGCUAGUGUUAUGAAUAUUGUAAAUAUUGUAUAAUAUUAACAAUAAUAAUAGAUUAUUAUAAUUAAUGGAAUCUUUACAAAUCAAACUGAGGACUUCAGCUACUGUAAGUAUUGACAAAAAAUUAAGUAGUGAAACUGUUCAAAAAACUAUAAAACUAAUACUCUGAGAAUCGAGUUUUCAGAACAGUUACACUCAACGAAUUUCCUUCUGUUAUUCAAUCAUUUUGUCAAUAUUUACAGUAGUAGUAGUAGUUCUCAGCUCAUUUCAUAUAGCUCCAUUAGAUAUUCGAAUUGACAAUAAUUUUAUUAUAGUGACCAGCAGUUGGUCAGUUCAAUUUAAAAAAAAAUUAUUCCAUUAUUGUAUAAUACAUAGGCUACUGUAAUCUCCAAUAUUACGGUUCCGCAAUACAAAUUAAUGAAUACUUGUUAAUGAAAUUAACUUUAUAAAAUUGCUAGUUUUCAUGAUUUUUUUAUUCUAUUUCACAUGCUUUCCUAACUAUUUUUGCUCUUUUCCAUCCAGACUUCCCGUCCCAGACUUGGUCAGAAUCCACAACGAGUACCUAUCAAAUGAGACUCACAAAAGCCUCAAUGAAGAAGAUAGCUCAUUCAGCAGUUGAUCCCUUCAUCAAGGCUGAAGUGGAUUCUCUCAGUCUAAAAGAUGUCGAUCCUCUCAGCCUAGAAGUGACCAAUCCUUCCAUCACCAAUGAACCUGACACAAUUCCUCUAUGUGUCAGAAACCGUCCAAUUUUCUGUACAUCGAAUCGUGGCAAACUCAAGUUGAUGUUUAACGGAUUUGGAUACACUUUUCACAGAGCAAGAGGCAAGGUGUCAGUUUGGAUUUUCCAUCUCAGACUUGGCCAGUAACCACCAUGAGAACCUUCCAAAAGGAACUCUCAACAGUCUCUCAGAAAAAAAGAGCUUUUUUGGCAGUGGAUCCUUCAUGCCUUGCAGAAGUAGAUCCCCUCAGCAUUGAAACAGUGGAUCCUCUGAGCCUAGAAGUAACCAAUCCUCCAAUCACUGAAAAACCGGACACAAUCUCCCUCUGCAACAGGGACCGUCCUCUAUUCUGUAAAUCAAAUCGUGGCAACCUCAAGUUGAUGUAUAAGGGAUUUGGGUACACCUUACGCAGAAUG